CCCUAAUAUUGAUAUUGAUUACUUCUAAGUUAUGCCCCAGCAAUCCGUAUUUGACCAUCCGCCACACCGAUUUCGUCUUUCUUGUCGGAAAUCAUGUUCGACUAGGCGUUAGAGAAGGGUGAUCUGGACUUGAUGGAUGGCUGGACAAUUGCUGUGUUGCGGUUGCACUACAUAGUAUGUAGGGCUGCCAGAGUACGAGUACGCUAAACCAAUACGGAAUGCUGAAUGGUGACUCAAAGAGUCGGAGUAAGUAACUGUAGGGCACAUCUCGGCAUCAAAACCUUCUCAACCAUCGACAUUUAAAUCCUUCCCGUUGCCUCGUUCGUUUGUGCCGAUCUUGUAAAUGGCUUGAGAUCAGUACAGCGGAAGACUACAGUUCCAAGAUCCCUAUACGAACUAUCAGUCUGUAUAUCGAACAAUUCAAACCAUAAAGAUCAAGUCAUCAGUAUGCCUCUCCCGUCUCUCGAUCACAUCAUCAUUCUGGUCCCCUACAAAUUCCUUGCAAACUCUCCCGACUGGCUACCCAAUCAUUUCACCAUCUCUCCCGGUGGAAGACAUGCGGACGGGAAGACUGAAAACAAGCUCGUCCUCUUCAGUGACGGCAGCUAUCUUGAACUGAUUGCGUUCGUGGACGAUGACCCGAAGAAUAGAGAAGGGCAUUGGUGGGGGGAAAAGAGCUAUGGAACCAUCGACUUUGCCUUGACAACGUCCGACGGUGCUCAAUUCAACUACACUUCCAUGACCCAGCGCUUCGGCGAUCUCGACCAGAGCGACCCCUCCAUCGGCUACAACCCUCCCAGGGCCGGUGGCCGGAAGCGCGAUGACGGAGUCGAUGUGAAGUGGGAGAUCACCUUCCCCACCAACUGUCCCCGUGGAGAGAUGCCGUUCUUUUGCCACGACGUGACAGCGCGGGACCUUCGCAUCCCAUUAUCGGACCGGGCCACGACUCAUCGCGGGCAGGCCGAGGGCACAUACGGGGUCGAAUCCUUGGUGGUCACCGUCCCGUCGGAUCGAUUCCAGUCGGUCACUCAGGCGUACGAGGCAGCGCUUGGAGUCCGCAGCUCGUCGGAUGAGCCGGACGUCGCUGUAUUCACUGUGGGAAGAGUCAACGAGAUCGCUGGAGCACCCAAGCCUGUCAUCCGGAUCCAAAGGCAGGGCAGUGGGGAUCGAGCGCCGGCGAAUCUUUUGUCGGAUUUGACGAUGGGCCGAAAGGGUGAUUCGCCGGCAGGAGGGCGCGUUCAAAUUGACUCUGGCAGCGAUUCGUUGGGCGGGAUAUUCAUCCGUACAACCAAUCAAUAGUUGGCCGUGGUAAAGGUUCAAAGACACGGUUCAAGUCCCGAGAACCCAGUCAUUGACAAUGGCCACCAUAUUCUAAUGACUAGGACAGAUUCAGCGAUGAGAAGAAUGAUAGUGCAUCCAGAGAAGAGGAUUGUAUGGAAUAAGGAUGACUGAUAUAGUCCGUAAGUCCGUAAUAUAUGAUACUGCGGUGUAUGCCCAACGUGUCU